UGUGGUGUAGUGUAGUGCAAAACCUGAAAAGAGAGAGGCGUGCGAGCUUCUUUUUUCGACUGUCAAUUAUUAGUUUCAAUAAUAUGGAUCCGAUCACAGAAAACAACACGCGCAGUUCGUGACAAGUGGCUCGGUGUGUAUGCGAAGACGACGGACGAAGAGAAAGGAAGUAAAAUUUCGAUUAAAAGUGGUGCAGCCUCUUGGUCGGAGUGCGUGAUUACAUUCAAAUGCAGUGAUUAUUUUGCCUCUAUUCUGUUACAUUGAACUCGCGAUUUCUGUGUGGACCGAACGUAAGAGAGAAAGAGAGCGAACGUGGGGAAGGUGGUGCUGUGAUGUGAUACGGGAUGAGCUAGAAAAUAGGUGAAGAAGUGUUUUCAUUUUCAUCGUCUAUAAUUUCAAGCUCACAUUUCGCAGCUAGUCCAAGGUGAUUUGUGCUAGAGAAAGUGGUGUUUUGACAUUUAAACCAGUGAUUUGGAUGAGCUCGAAGACGGUGCAAAUUAGGCCCGAAACAAGAGAUAAGUCUGAGUGGUACAGUUGUACGCGAAAAAAAGCCGAGGAGAAGAUUUGGUGGAGUUUAUUGAUUUUUGUGUCAUACUCUUUCAUUGAAACCUGUUUCUCCGGUGGAGUGGAACACCAAGUUUUACCGUGGCUGUUUCUGCAUCGGAAUGCUGCUGUACUGAAAAGUGGAUCUUCAUCGGUGGCUCUGCCCUCGGCCAGCCAAACCAAACGAGGAAGAAAGGAAAUCUUCCGGUCUCUCCAGCCGCCACCACCACCGAGCGCAUAGAGUGAUCAGAGCUCGGAGCAAGUGCGGUGGUAUUGUGUGUAUAUCUCCUGAUGCAAGUUCCCGCUAAGCCGAUUCGAUACAGAUGUUGAUGGAAAUUAUCGGCUCGUCUGGUCUGACCCACUCGCCACUCGUCCACACAACUGUAGCAUCAAAACAACACAGCACAACACAACCACAUGGGAUCCACCUAUGGAUGGAAGACGAGAAGCUAGAGCUGCCGGCUAACAAAGCAUAAAACCUCACACACGCUGAUCAUCAGCUUUGCGGCAACAGCAGCGUGGUGUGGCAGUCAGAGUGGCAGCGACGAGGCUUCCACAGCUCAUUUCAUUCCACUACCUGACCAAGCUUUGGAACAGAUACAACAGCACCCCCGUACUGUUAAAAGCCACCAACCGCUCCAUAGGUACAAAUCCUAACCGUUGCUGAGAUUCCAUCCCAUUGUUAUCGGCUCAAAGCAAUUGUCAUCCUCAUUUCACGAGGCCAACCGUCUCCUCGGAAGUUCGGUAGAAACGCUGAACACCAUGUACCAAUCGCUAGGUAUCGAACAACGGCAACGACGACAACGACAACAGCACUACCAACCAAAUCGGGCUUCAUCACCCCUACUGCUACAACUGAUGGUGCUGGUUUUGGGUGAACGAUAACAACACCUUCCAGAUAGUCGUUAAAUUUCAUUCAAGUCAAGUCGAACACCGAACGCACCUGCCUGUCGAGCCACCACACGCGGAAAGGCACUUGUAUCAAAACAAAACCAAAAACGAAGUCGCCAGGUAGCAGCUCUCAGCUGUUCAGAAAGAAACAAAAAGGAAAGGUACCGGGAAAGUGCCGGCCAUUAAUCUGCUCUUUCUCUCGCUGGUGUGCACCCACCACUGGUAGCUUUGAUUUCAGUAUCGAUUCAGAGCCCACGCGAGACACCAGGCGCGCUACUCUGCAGCCUGUAGCCCAGAGGCUGCCCAAAAAAAAAACACCAUCGGAGCAGAGUUCUCAAACAGUGAAUUGAUGUGAAGAAGCGCUCCGGUGCGAUCCGCGAAGACGACGUCGGUAACCUCGUUUUGCCCCGAGCGGGAGGCAGCGAAGAUUAUGUAAAUGAUCGGUGCUUUUUUCGCACCAUUGUGUGUCGCUUCUUCGGGGCAAUUGUUAAGUGUAGAACUUGGAGAUUUGAUAUUCUGGUUUUUUUUUUGUUGUGCGAAAGUGUUGGACGAGAGUGCGGCACGAAGGUCGGGUUGUUAUUGAAAUUGCAAGGCUUUUUCUGUUCGUUUGUGUGAGACUGGAAAGAGAACCAGCAGUGAAACAAAGAGAGAGAGAGAGAAAAAUAAAGAGAGUUUAGCGGAAAGCUUAAUCUUAUCACAAAAUUGCGCCGCUAGUAGUGCGCGAGAACCGAGUGAUUUCGCAAGUGCUCGUCGCGAAGCUGCGGGAGUUGAAAGAAACUGCUUUCCGUAGUUCACACAAUAAUUUGCUGGAGCAAGCAUCUUGGGUAGCAUCUUGAAACUAGUGGGCUGUUUGUGAAAUAGACGUACCCAGAAGGGCCACGUGACGACAGCCUGAGUCUAGAGGCUAGAUGAGAGCAGAUUGGCCCAAGUUGGAUGAACGGCAAAUGUCAUGUUUUUGUUUGAAUCAGCUGAAUCAGCGGCCUCGUGGUGCAAGUGGUGAAGGAUCGUCGUCUUUGUAGACUGCAGCAGAUUCAAGCGGUGUUGCUGUGGCAUUGGAUGUGAAGAGAAGUAAAACGUUCGAAAAUGCUGACACCGGUGAAAAACAAUCAAAGUGCAUAAGCAUAGCGUGUCGUGGCCGGUGUAGAGGGUGCCCUUUUUCAGUGUACCUCUAACAGUGAUAGUGACGAAAAAGUAAAAACAAUUUCUGUCGGUUGGUAGUGUUACGUGUGAGCUAGGUAGUUGAGCGCACGGAGUGAUUUGCUGAGUCGCAUAAAAUGUACCACUUGGUGAUGUUGCAAAAGAUUACUCUGGUCAUGAAUCGAGUGGAAUCGAAAGUGUUGUGAGUGGCAAUCAUUCGAUAAUUGGUGUUUGAAGUGAGCGGAUCAGUCGCCCGUGCGACCCUGACCACGGCCAGAACGUAAGAUCAAUGAAGAUGUACUGGAUUCGGUCGAAGAAGCUGAAAGAGCGGCUGGCGCUUGGCUUCGGUGCCUCGCUGGUGCUGUUCACCUUGCUACUGGUGAUCGAUCUACAGAUGGACCUUGGAGUGUCCAGAGGUGAAUUUAUUCCCUCCCAUGCGCGGAUACGGUUCGCCAGCCAAGACGACAAAAAUGGAAUCUAUAACGAGUUUCACCGGAAGUAUCUUGCCAAAAGUAAUGCAUCCGGUUCUAAGGAGUAUCUUACCACAAAUCCACAUACCCGAGGCCGGACUGAAACCUCCGGUUCUGGGUACCCAAGUAAACAGAUUACCACUACUCCUCCUCAUGAUCGGUUCAAGGAUCUUACCGCAAUAGUAGUGGCACCGAAGAACCGUCGCAAUCCACAGCACUUCGAACGGAUAGUGAUAAAAGAAGACUACACGGACGACGUCAAUCCAUCGCUUGCGGAAAUGCUUGAUCUGCGGAUCAGCAGCAAUGCAAGCAAUCUGGAAAAGUUUCAACUUUCCAUUACUAAAAAUGAGCUCUACCCCGAAACGGACAAGCUCGUGGAUGCUGUGAUAAAGGACAUGGUUACGCUACCAAUCAAGCACGUUGUCCAGAAGGAAGGUGGCACCCAGAUUAAGUUGAUCAUUGAAUAUCCCAACGAUAUUCAUGCUCUGUUCAAACCUAUGCGCUUCCCACGGGAACAGCAAACGCUGCCAAAUCAUUUCUAUUUUACCGACUACGAACGGCACACGGCCGAGAUUGCAGCUUUCCAUCUGGAUCGGAUAAUGGGAUUCCGGCGGGCAAUGCCAGUUACCGGGCGACUUCUCAACAUUACCACUGAAAUCGAGAGGGUUUGCGAUGAUAACCUGCUGAAAACGUUCUUCAUAUCACCUGCACGGAACAAGUGUUUCCACGGUAAAUGUUCCUACUAUUGUGAUACAUCCCAUGCCAUCUGUGGCAGUCCGGACACGUUGGAAGGCUCGUUUGCUGCCUUCCUGCCUACUCAGCAGGACACCCAACGAAAAGUGUGGCGCCAUCCCUGGCGUCGGUCGUAUCACAAACGCAGAAAGGCACAGUGGGAAACUGAUCCCGAUUACUGCGCCAUGGUUCGUGACAUUCCCCCAUACGACGAGGACCGCCGAUUGCUCGAUCUGAUGGAUAUGUCGGUGUUUGAUUUCCUCAUUGGAAACAUGGACCGACAUCACUACGAAACGUUCAAAAUCUUCGGAAACGAUACGUUCCCGAUUCAUCUGGAUCACGGCCGAGGCUUCGGUCGACCGUUCCACGAUGAACUCUCAAUUCUGGCACCACUGCUUCAGUGUUGUCUGAUUCGAUCAUCAACGCUAGAAACGUUGCUGUUGUUCCACAAUGGACCAAAAUCGCUGGCGGAACGAAUUCGAGAGACGCUAUCCGCCGAUCCGAUUGCACCUGUGCUCUGGGAACCGCACUUGGCCGCACUGGACCGUAGGGUAGCAAUCAUUCUGCAAGCCGUACGAGACUGCCUCAAGAAGGCCUCCGAAGAAGAGUUUGACGGCAGUCAAAACCAUCUGGGCAACAAUGACAACUUCUCCUAGCGUUCCUAUCGUCCCAGGCGGACAAGACGUCUCUAUAAGAUAUUGAUUAAUCUGAAGAGCAACGGUGCAAAUCGAGUCGACCGAUACAGAAGAUUGUACAUAGUCUAAUCCAGAUGUGAGUGAGUGAGCGAAACGCGAAAAAUAAGCAACCAAGAAAAGCGAGAGUGAAUGAAGCCGCGAAAUGGAAAACUGUAAAACGGAAGUUUUCCGUUAGUGAAUGUGGCAUUAGUCGGGUUGAUAAUUAGUUCAUUGCAAGAUCAUUAUCAUAAAAUGAUAGCGAACGAGGCACAUACACACAGGGCUAGAUGAGAUAUGUACGCUCUAAAUAUUUCGAUUGAAUGGUUGUAAAGUUCUGAUGUUUAUUAGAUCAAUAGGAUUAACUGUGUAUAGCCCACUUAUAAAGAAAGAUAUACAUAUACAUAUUCGUAGCACGCGGACCGUUCCGCAGCAAUGAGAGGCCAAAGUUGUAAAUGAGCAAAACUUAUUCGAGAGUCCCCUCGUGGAACCAUAUUUACGUUUUAAACGUUAGAUGAUAUUAGAUGUUCUUGUUUUUUUCCUGUUAAGUUUUACAACUCUAUUGUACACGUUCCGAACCCGUUUUUCCCAUUACCCCAUACAUCUGAACGGAGUGGCAAAAUUGUUUCAACCCCUUAAGAUAAGAUAUCGAACAUCCUCCUCGUCUGUUCCGUACUUUUGCGCCAACCAAAUUGCAAGAUGAUGAAUAGUACUACAAAUCUUACUCGGUAGCCAGUACUGUCAGCCAAAAACCAACAAUAUUAAAUCAACCAGUAGAUAAAAGCUCAACCUCACUACAUCAACAAGAACAAAAACACUGUCCUCGGACAGCAGGGAUGGUUUCAGAAAAAUUACAAAUUAAUAUCCAAUUAUUCAAGUGAGUAACGUUCUCUCGCCAUCCCAUAAUAAUAUGUGCUAUUAACUUCAUAUCAACGGCAAUUAUCACACCACCUCCUUCAGUGCAAACAUUUUUUUUUUAUUCAGAAUAUAAAAAAAAAAAAGCUAAAGCAAAACGAAAACAUAAAUAAAUAAACGAAAAUACAUAUAAAUUUAUGCUGUUCCCCGAGUGAGACCGAUUGUGACAAAAUUGUAUUUAAUAAUAACGAUAAUUAAUCAAAAACAGCAACAGAAAACGACGUGAAAUUUGUGUGGAGUAUCGAAUUCCGGAAAUUGAAGUUGCUACAUUUUCAGUUCAGUCUGGACACGUGUUCUACCGCAGCACCGUUCCAGCAGGAACAGCUGUGUCAAAAUUGGGUGACAUAUUUUUUUUUAUUUUUCCACUCACAAUUCUCAUCCUUCUUCCCGCAGUUAAAUGAUAACAUUUGUUAUCUGUCAGAACCGAACCGGCCGUGGUGUGUGGAACGGAACGGUAAUUUUGUUAACGAGGACUACGUAAAUGAUAGCGUGGGGGAAAGGGUUCAUGAUUCACCUUUAUUUACCGUGUCACCCUCGCGAAUCGAUUUUGAUCUUUUGGUUCGUUUAGUCGUCGUGAUGUAGGAUAUGAACGCAACGGUAAGCCGCACAGAACGAUCGAUGGUAGUUAGUGGUGAUAGUGAAGGAGAAUCGCAAUACAGGAACGAUUGAAAUUUUUCGAUGCACUUUUAUCUUUAGCGAUUUUUGUUUAAAACGAUUGGUUCUCUCGUAAGGCUGUUUAUAUCCUUAUACCUAUUUAUAAUUUAUUCGAAGAUAGAGUACAUUAAGCGUAGGAUGAAAUAAUGAAGAAACAAGAAAAAUAAAAUAUUGAAGAAAAAAAAUGGUAAUAAAGAGACUACGAUUGUUGUUCAAAAUAUUAGAAAA